AUGGCUGCAGGAAUCGCAGCCGCCGGAGCUGGCGCCUUGGUUGUCGCUGCUCCCGUGGUUGUGACCGCGCCUCUCAUGGGCGUCGCUGGAGCGGCAGGCUUCACUCCCGCCGGAAUAGCCGCAUCCUCUGUGGCGGCAGGCAUCCAGGCGGGCAUCGGAAGCGUUGGCGCCGGCGGCCUCUUCGCGACGGUGCAGAGCGCCGCCAUGGGGGGAUACGGAGCUGCGGUGCUGACGGGCGCUACUCAGGCUGCCGGAGUCACCAUGGCCGGAGCAGGAGGGCUGGCGACGUUUAUGGGCAGCAAGCAGAAGUGUGAGCAGUCCAGUGAAGAAGGGCCAUCGGGCGAGAAGCCGUCGGAGGAGAAGUAG